UGUAAAUUCAAAAAUUUGUAUACUUUUUAACCCUCACGUUAUUCAAAAAUCACAAUUAGAAAAUCCGAAAAGAAAAAUGCUCAAACGGUGGUUGAAUGCCAUUUGUCAUACAAUAUAUAACGUACUGUCUUAUUGUUUGCACAUAUGCACAGGCGCACAGGCAUGCAUACACACAAGUUUCGUCUGUUGGAGCUCUCCUGCUUUGAACUUCACUCAGAUUGAACGUCUCUUUCAAUUUUUCCGUUCUUUUCGUUUGUUUUCUUCUUUUUAAGCCGAUGUGGGCUCAAACUUAGGGUUUAAAUUCAUAAAAAAAAAAUAAUAAUAAAUAAAUUCAACAACCUCUUUGGGCGGCGUCAGUAACGUCAGAUCUUAGUGUGUUUUUCAUUUUUAUAGCGUGAAGCAUCAACGAUGGCACCAAGAGGAAGACCCAGAAAGCCACGAUUAAUGAGGAUUGACGCAGCUGUUGACGCCAUGACUUCAUUCGGCUUCUCGGAAGAGAUAGUACGGAAGACAGUAAAAGAACUUCUCAAGGAAUACGGUGGAGAUGAAGGAUGGCGUUUCAUUGAGGAUAACUCCUACAUAGAACUAAUUGAGGCAAUUUUUCGCAGUGCAGAAGGAAAUAAUCAAGAGAAAAGUGCACGACAUGAAAACCACACGAAGGAUGCACCAGCUGAGGCUUCUUGUGUAGCUACAGACUCCCUUCAAGUUACUGAAACAGCUGACGGCGCUCUUCUAGAUGCUGUUGGGUCCUCUUCUGUGUCACAACUUCCAUGCGCAAAAGAAUCAAAGAUGACCCAAAUGAAAAUUCAUGGAAGGCAUCGUCUACCUUGCUUUGGUUGGCUUGAGAGUGAUGAGGAAGAUGACCCAAAUGAUUUCGUAUUUUUUAAUGAGAAAGUAGAAUCAACACCAACACUGCAUCCAGAUUUCUCAGAAGAUCCAAAAAAUGUGACUAAUUCCAAUGGCAAACGCAAUUCCCCAUGGGACGAGAUACUUAGUGAUCACCAUGAUACGAGCUUUUUGAACAUUAGAUAAGCGUUAAAGGGAAGUCUGGAGUUCAUCUUCACCAGACCCAAACUUCUCCUCUCGCUUUCGAUCGAGCUACUCUUUGCCCCACCGAUAGGUUAUACACUUUACCGAAUCGGUAAGUAAAAAAUGAGAUAAGAGAUGUUAGCAUUAGCAGAAGAUUUAUCCAAGCUGCCUUUCCUUCGGCUUGUAACAAAUGCUUUCAGAGGCAUGAUCGUUUACGCCCGGUCAAAGAUGCAUGUAGUAGAGACAUCCUAAAGAUUGUCAUACUUAACUCUUA